AUGUCCUCCACGACGAUGUCAUCAAACGAAAACAGUUGCAGUCCCGAAGCAGCUGUCGUAGUCGUUGAUGGUUCGCCAGCUUCUCCUGCGCGGGAUUCCCCUAACAACGAGGAUGUUGAAGCCUACAGCGACGAUGCUGCGCCGAUACCACGACUGUCAUCGCUCCGAGACGCACGCGAGGCGGCCCGGCGCAGUCAAUCAAAAGAGCCUGGAGCUUGUAGACAACAGCGAAUCUCGGAAAUCGAUAGAAUGCUCACAAGGUUGAGGAAUACAAAAGCUGAGGCAUAUUCGGGAGGAACGGCUGGAGCGGGAAAAGAGACGAGAACAAUAGACGAUGAACACGGAAAGAGUAUGAGAACAAAUAAUACUGGUGGUGCUGCUAGAAAGGGUCCUCUGGGCCCUCCCGGAGAUUCUCCAAUAGAAGAAGAUGUUGUAGAUGAGCGCUCAUCUUCUUCAUCAUCCCCAGUAGAAGGCAUUGCUGGCGCGAGACCUGCUGGUGUGAGCAAGAGCAGCACAGGAGAAGUGUACUACUCCCCUAUGGAGGAGCCGCCACCCUCUGCCAUUGAAAAACAAGCAUUGAACAAACUAAAUGUUGCUGCAGGCGCGGUUCCGUUCAAAGAAGAAGACUCCUCUGCAGGACUGCGAGAGGAGACAGCGGCAACCAGAGGAGAUGGUGGGUCAGCGAUCCGAAGUCCAACACAACAACACGCCCUAAAACCGUUUGAGUUUCACAAUUACCCUCGUCAGGUGGCUACAAACGGUCACUCAGACGAGAUGAGCAGGGUUGUCGUCCGCAAGUAUCACGGUGGGAAUCAGCAUACAACUUCAGCGUCUUCUAAUAACGCCGGAGGAAGUGCCAGGCCAUCUUCAUCAUCGAAAUCUACCGCGCGGAGAGGAGGAGGCUCUACAUCUUCUGCCUCGACAUCAAGACCUCCGUUUGAUACUCGUCGUGGGGGAUCUCAUUCUCAAGGUUGUACCAGUUAUAAUUUUCAACCAAAAAUAUUAGCUUCUGCUAGAAGAAGUCGAUCAGGAAGAGCAGGAGGCAGUGGGGUGCCUUCAAAAUCGAAUAGGAGCAGCUCUUAUCUUCAAGAAACAAUGUCUGCACGACUGCAGCAGACAUACGGAGCACCGAGUCGCCCGAUCCAUUGGACACCGCCUUCUAAGAAUAAAGCUGAAGCCUCAACGUCCAAAGGAGUAGGGGUUGAUGCGCAUGAUAAUGGUCACGGACCUGGAUCACAACUACAUCAAGUAAUAGACAAUACUAGAGCGGACGCAGCAGCGGAGGGAACAGCUUCCAAGAAGAACCACUCUGCAGGACCAGGUGGUGUUUCCUCCCCGUUCGCUUUUUAUAACGACCACUAUGUCGAUCACGAAGGUAGUGCGAGUGAUGCACGACUAGCAGAUACAUUUGAGCAUCAUCGAGGGGAAGCUUUACCAGGCCCUCUCCUCGUUGCAGCUUCGAGUAGAUCCAACAGCUGCAACAAUAGACGACCAUCUUUGUCCGUCACCUCCGGAGGUCCUCGCAAAAACUUCUCUGCAGAUACUAGAUCAAGUAGUGCACGACGGCGUCAAGUAGGUCAUCAACAAGGUGGAAUUAUAGAUUAUAGCUCAAAAAACAGUAUGCGACCAUUUUUAAGUGCGCGAAGGUCUGUUCCGCAUUCACGUCGAGCGAGAACAACUCAGAGCAUUGCUUCAGAGCUAGACUUUCGUGACAAAUCCCCACUACGAUCCGCGCGUGAGUAUUUGCAGAAUUUGACAGCAAAUUCUAGCCCAGAGAAAAUUCCACCAAACUUUCAACAGCAGUUGCGACAAAUGCGUGCGACAUCUUCUUCAAAGGGAUCUUCUUCGAAGAAUUCGUCACAUGUGGAGUCAGCCAAUGGAAGUAGAGUCCCAUCAAAGAACAACGACAUAUCUGAUUCUAAGAAUAGAUCAAAAUCCAGCAGUGCUGCCUCCUCUCCACCUGCUUCAUCGCCUGGAGAAAGUCAGAAGGCUCCUGAUCAUGAUGCUGAGGAUAAUGUUGCAGGAUUUGCAGACGAUAGAGUAAAUUCGAAGAGCAGUUCUGCGGCUUCCGUCGCAACGUUCUCUGCAAAGCCAAGGCGACAAGGCGCCUCCCAAAUCGCUGAUGCGAAUGUCGUCAUGGGCUUGGAGGAAGCACACGAGCAGACGCAGAUUGCGGCAGACCAGCAGCAAUACCCACAGCAGGGUACUAUGACGAGUGCGACAAAAAAUACUGAUGCCACUGAACAAGCAGUCGGCAGAGUGGAGGAUGAGCAUGAUGCCACGAAGAACGCUAAACCUGAACACGAUGACGCUUCUUAUAACGAGGAGCGACCUUCCCCUUACGCGAGAUCCUUCUUCUCAGAAAGUUUUGAAAGCGAGCGGGAAAAACUGCAUAUCGACAGCAUCAUCGCACUGACAUCUCCCGAUAGCUGUUUCGCAGCUACACCCCCUCAUCCCCUAGGCUCGCCGCCGCCUUCUAUGCCUGCGGCUGCCGGAAGAGAGGAUGUUGGAGACAAGGACGCAACAGGAGAUGAGCCGAAGGCGCACACUGCUUCUGCUGGAGAAUCAAGUCCGGCAAGGGCGUCUCUUGUCUCUUCACCUAUUAAUACCACAAGAAAGACAAAAGGGACGAGGACGACAGUGGCUUCUGCGAGGACUACAACAGCCAACUCGAGGACGAAUAUGGCGCCGAAAAUUAUCGGAGUUGAUACUGACUCUGACGAGAAAACGCUGGAUGAAGUUGCGAACUCAUUCCCUUUUCCUUUUUUGACCGGCGGACGGGGGAGCGAGAAAAACAAAGCACACGACACGAGUGCGAAGGCGCCAUGGAAGCGAACACCAAGUGCACCAUCGUCCUCUUCUUCAUCUUCCUGUGCAAAGGACGUAGGUGACAUCAAGACGAAGUCAAGCGGUCAAAUGAGUCGAAGUACUAGUCACACAGUUGGUGGCAGCAAGAUGUUGAAGAGCCAGUUGAGGCGUAUUCCGAACCCGAUUAACAUGCGGCUUCCGAGCCCGCCUCCUCUUCCCUCGCCAGGCCAUCUCCUUGACACCAUGGACACGAAAGUGAUGACAAAUGCGCGAAUCAAGAUCAUAACACCAGGUAGCUGUGGCGCUGACGAUCUUCUCCUGCCUGGCGGCAGCAAUCUUCUUGCGAAAAAGCUCGCAGCACAAAACAAGUUUUGCGACUACGAGCCGUCGCUGGAGGAACUCGAGCGUAAGUACUCGAGGAAGCGCACGACGCCCAAAACGAGCCCACUGGGUGCGCCGACUGGGAACAUGACAGUUAUGAACGAGACCUCAUAAAAAUAAUGUCCUCGGACAAGCACAAGGACAAGUAGAAGCUUGAAAUGAGAAUGUCUUUUUUUCCUGUGGUCCUGGAUGGGGAUGCAUGAUGAAGUCUAAUAUGAUUCGUCAAGCUGAUCAUCCACAUCACGAUCAUCAUCUAAAAUAAGUUUAUCGCAACUUGCGAGUAGUAAAAAGUCUGUACUAGUCCACCAGCAAUCGUCCCCACCCCUGCAGAGUGCACGAACACGCAAAGCACGCAGCCGCAGCGCCUCACCAACCACGGUCGUCGCACCGUCAUCGUCUUCGGCCAACAGUCGAGGAAAUAGCAGAGGACAGAGCAGGGAUGGAACUGCAGCGAGAAGCAAGAGCAGAGAGAAAGAUCUUCAUCAACCUCCAUCAACUACUAGUGGGACUAAGAAUUAUAAAGGCGCUGAGUUACAGUUAUCUUCGAAGCAAAGUUCCAAGAACAGUGCACGCUCACGAAGUAACGAGCGCAAAAACACAUCUGGUUCUAGGAAGAAUAUCAUGAAGAACAGUCGUGCGAGUGCGAGAGGUCCUCCGACAAAUUAUAACUCAAAUCCAACAAGCGCGACAACCCAGCCUCCACCUCCCGCUACUCCUCCAGCGCAGCAAAGUCAGUCUCUAGUUUUCGUGUCCUUUGCUGAGCCUCCCGCCAGUGGAGGCACCGAGGAAAAAGCCCAUGCAACUUCGAAAAUGUCCGCAGCCCCGCCAAUGGCUUCACCGUUCUCCUUCUCUGCUGACCCGCCUGCAGAUGACGAUGAGCGUCUUUCGCUUGUGUCUGCUGGAGGCACCUCAUCUUUUUUUGAGCCACCUGCGCGUAUCAGUUCCGAGAGAACAAAUACAAGAGCGCAGCUCGAGGUGCCGCCGAUCUGGAGAAGAGAGGUCUUUUUUUUCAGUCACACUCCCAAAAUAAGAGUUCAAGUUGCAGUUGGAGUUGAAUUAGUUUGUCAAGUUGCUUUCUAGUAAGGAUGGUUCUUGAUAGAAGUAGUUGUCGACAAUAUCAUUCAGAGACUGGUGAGACAGAGAGAUGCGUAGUUUUUCGUGGUCAUGUAUAAAUUCCCCUCGGAAAAUACCAUAACCACGUAAACUAGUGGUAGUGCUCCUGUAAAAGACAUCAUACAAAACCAGGUCAAGAGACAUCAUACAAAACCAGUGACUGGUAAUAAUUCAUCCACUGACCUCAACAAAUUGAAAAAAAAUGCCGCGACGGGCGUACUCAUCCUUGAGAUGCUACAUAUGUCCUACCGGUUUCAAAUCAUCCUCACUCAAAAAGGGCGCUGCAGCUGCAACAGCUUCAUCACGGACGAGCAGUGCCGUCACACAGGAACAUAAUGUGGGGAAUCUAUCAGCUAGUCGAGGGCUCGAAACUAGGCAAUCGAGUCGUGCGAGCACGCCUGGAGAAAAUGAUUCAGCUAAUUCUAAUGUGGUUCCGCUAGCAGCUCGAAUAAGCGGUGCGUCGGCUUCCUCCUCCUCGCGUGUUGAGGAAAGGCAGAGUAAAGGAAGCAGACUGCUAGACAAGAAACGCGGAGAGAAUUUCGCAACGGCUCCACUCACAGCUCGCGGAGGAGCGACGUCAUCGACUACAACUAAUCGGACUCACCUCGCACAGGAUCCAUCUUCUACUUCUCGUUCGCCGACGUCUACGCCUCUACAGGAAGUGCUAUUUCCUAAUAGAGGUUCCUCGGCGCAAGCAGGUGGAUCCGCAUCGUCAACCGCGCCGUUGCCCAGCGCAAGAGUAUCAACGAGCCCGCCAAAAAGUCCGAUCAACAUUACAACGACCCAAAUUAGUUCGGAUAAAGGCGUUCAUCGUGAUGUGGCGGCUGGUGAGGAGAUGACGCGAGUUACUGCAAAAUUGCAGGAACUGACCACAAAUCUCGAUAGUGUUUUGCGUGAAGAGAUAGCGCUGCGAGAAAAGGUUGACAACAUCGCAAAAGCUCAGCAAGACCUUGCCCAAUCCCGACAAAGCAGGCUGUCAGGGACAAGUAUGCCGCAUUAGAGAUCUAGUAGUUGUAGCUGGUGGCCGGUGUCUCGAUGAUUUUUAUCUUGUCGAUUGCAGUCUAGUCCCGCUACUACAAAUAGAAAGAACCCUGGUCUAAUAUGCAUGAUAUGCUCUCCAGCCACAUCUAUCUUCCAAGAACCUCCCACUAUGAUCUUGAUCCAUCCUCAACAGAUGCGUCAACAGUGGAGCCCUCGCAAGAAAUGCGGAUCGACGAUGUUAUCUCUAAACUGGAGAGAAUGGAGCGGACCAAUGUGGAAAUGGUGACUCGCAUCGAGCGCAACGAAGGAGAAAUGUCACACCUCCGAAACUCCUUUCAAGGCAACGUGGAGACCCUCAUGGGAUCAUCAGAGGACGAUGGAGGGGAGGUAUUUUAAGAAGAAAUGCGGCUUAGCCUUAGGAGGUAGAUGAAGCAAGCAUAGAUACAACUUAUGUAGCUGUGUACCUAUACAUACGGCCUGCUAUGAUCAUAACGUCUAGAAGCGAGGAAAGCAGAUGAACCGAUUACGAUAAUUCGUAGACUGUUCCGUAACUCCGCAUCAUGAUCAUGACAGGUGCCGCGGUCCAUCAGCAUUGCUACAGAUUUGAAUCGUGUGGAGCAAGGUUCGGCUGCAACUUCCUUGGACACAAGCUUUUCGGCUGCUAUGCUGAAAGGGCAUGGUGGGGCUUCGUCUUCUAGUAGGGUUGUUGGCACUGUCUCUGGAUUCUCUCAACAAGCAACGGCGCCAGUCACAAGAUUAGCUGACUUGAUUGAAGGUGUGACAGCGACCAAACUCUCUCUUGUGGAAAGCAAUCUAGAUGCCAGACUUCGAACUAUGGAGGAAAACCUAGCCGCGCAGCUAAAAUCUAAGGAGUGCGAAGUCUCUGAGCUAAAAAUUGCAGUCGAAAAGCUUGCGGCGACUACACAGGCACUGAAAGACGACCAUGAAACGGUUAUCGCCGCGACCGCGAAUACUGCAAAGAAAAGUACUUGUCAUGGUUUCAUCGAGUUGUUGUUCUUGUACUUGUACGACUAUUAUUCCUCCUUGAAAGAGAUGAGACUUCAUAAUUUCCGAGUUCCUGAUCGAUAAAUCAGUAAGAAGUUUGUUGAUCAUGAUGAUCCCGUUCUUGUCAUUCAAAGACAACUUCAUGACCGCGCUAACGUGGUCUAUUCUUCGAGUUCUCCAACAUCCUCACAUCCUCAAGAAAUCUCAGGUUUACUCCCCUCUCCUGGCGAAGAUUCUGACGGCGCGUUGUGUUUGAGUUCUAUCCUGGGUCCAAAGUCCUCUGGCUCAGCCCGCAGUUCGUUGGACGGAUCUACUGCGGGUGGAGAAAACGAUUUCAUAGAAAGACAAUCCAGAGCUGCGCGAAGAAGGGAACUUCUGGCUCAGUCACUAGCGCCUGUUCUAUUGUCGCAGAACCGAGAAACUUUAAAGGCACAAGUCGAGGAGCAUUUGGCGACGGUUUUAGCGGCAACCAAAAAGCCAUCCCCAAAUAGAUCAAAACCAGCCUCACCGAAUCAAACAGCGAGUUUACUUGCUGAAGUGGAAUCUCGACAAGCUGAGAGUACUUAGUAUGAAAGGGCUUUCUUCCCUCUGAUGAAGGUUUCAUGUUCAGAAUCAGGUCAUGAUCAUGUUGAGAAGAUGAAGAUUUCCGUCUUAACUUAAAUCUGCUCAAGCACAUAAUGGUUUGCUUUUGCACUUGGUCCAUCCUCAUCGUUCUAAAUCAGGUUUAGAUCGUUCGCGUGAGCAGGUCGAGCGUGCUCUCGCAGGAUUGCGCGAGCGGCUGGACACAGUCGAAACGACGUCAACGUCACGCGUGCGUUCUGCAGAAGAGGAGGCCACGAGCCUGCGCACACAGCUUCAAAUUCUCGCAAGUCGAGUCGAGGGGAUCAUGUCGUCAGGACGCGGGUCUCUCGUCGCGGCGCGAACAGAGGAAGAGCUCGAGCGCCUCUUGAUGCAUGACCCAAAGACACAAAAACGAAUCCAAGCGGUUAUAGAGCGACAAUUGGUCGUGGAUGCUUCUUCAUCUAGUGGAAGAAGAAACCCUGCUGAGGGGACACCAGGCGUCGAGCAAGAAUCUGCCACUGAAAACGAUGCGUCAAGUCCCUCAGCCAUCAGUCUGCGGAUUCCACCACCUGCAGACAAGAAGUCACCGAAAGAAGCAAGAAGUCGGAGUCCACCUUCUUCUCCCUUGUUGUCCCGCGCGGUGCGUGAAGCUGCUCAGCAGGCCGUGCGUGACGAAUUGACGUCAAUCGAGCGUCUGGCUGGCAGCAAGAGAAAGCUAGAAGAGGAGCAGCAACGGCUGAAUACGUUAGAAACUGAAGGACGAAAGAUAAAACUUCAACAAGAGAAAUCAUCACCAUUGUCGCGGGAUGACGCAGCUGCACUAGUUUCUGCCGAGGUCGGUCGGCGCAUGCAGGCAAUGCGAGAGAAUAUUCUAGAUCAACUUCGUCCGGCUUUGCAGGGACUGGACGAGGCGGAAGCUCGAGGACUACAGCAGAUGCAGGGGAAUGGGAAGAAUAAAGGCGGAGCAGGAGGAAAGUCCACUUUCUCUCCUCCGUCUCGAGCCGCUGCAACGUCAUCUGUUGCGAAGCCCGUGGUCGUUAAAAGCCCUAGCUAUAAUAAUAUGAGUCCUCGCUCUAGGCUGAGAGCUGACUUGAGUCCUAUUGCGAGGCUUGCCCAGGAACUCGAUUUGCCAGAGUUGCUGACUCUGGAAGGCGGUCACCAGGACCAACCGGACCACGCGGCCGAAAAAGAACUUGUUCGCCAUGAUGAGACUUCGAAUUCGCAUUUGCGAAGCAAGAUUUUGCGUGCUUUGUUGCAGCCUGGCGAUAGCUCAGCAUGUGCAAGCUCGUCUGCCUCGUCGGGAGAUGACCGGGACGAAAUCGCGAGACGGAUUAAUCGCAGUGUCGAUCUCUUCCACGAUGACAUCGCUGAGCUGCCUUUGCGUCGUUUUUCCCCGAACCGGAAAGACGAAGACGGACGAUUUGUUCAACAGCAGAAUAACUACCAUGGUUUGUUAGACGACCUGGAGCAAGAGAGUUUGCGACUAGACGAACAAGGGUUGAAACCGCCGGAACGACGCCAGAAAACCCCGAUCGACAUAGACGUGUCUUCGGUGGUGUUUCCACGGUCUGAUGAAGCAGAAGUGGACAAAAACCCGUUUAGCAGUCCUCGCAGCCCGAUUUCCACAUUGCUGAACGCGGAACAGCGCGCUAGUGAGGCACGUCGCGCGGACAGAGAGCGAAAAAAAGCGGAUGAAAUAGCCGCACGACGACAGAGUCCAACGUCGCCGUACCGCCUUCGCAACGAUCCUACGGCUUCGCUCGAUGAUGUCCUGCAAGACCUGCAUCUGCUAAACACGUCUUCGAGCACAGCUGUGCCGGAAAAUCGACGUAAAGCACCUGCUGCCGGCACAUCGGGAAGGGCGUCAGCCGGUGGCGGUGGUCAGCCUUCACUAGUAGGCAAAGUAGGAACUGGUGGACAACAGCAGGCAUCCGCCUCUACUUCAUCGUCCUCUAGAUUCUUCAGUACUGUUAAUGCACUCAAAAGCAGCAAAAAUGCCAUGAGCACCUCUUCAUCUGCCAUUCUAGAUAGUCUGCUAGCUUCCACCCCGGUGGCUUCAACACCGCUACAACCGGCAGCCCGAUCGCCACAAGAAAGACGACGGUCCCUGAAGCACACUGUUUCUAGUACCUCCGAGACGAGCGAUGACGAUUUAUUUCGGGGAGCUGUCCAGCAAACCUCAGCCGAAGCCACGGAUUUGCGACGGGAGCUUGACGCCCUGAAGGCACAACUCGUAGCGUGGCAAGUGGCACCUCCAACUCUUGCGUCUUUGCGGAAGAUUGAGAAGGUAGGGGGAGACGGUGGAGGAAGAAACGCUGGUGGAGCAGGUUCCGCACGAGCAAGAGAAGAUAUAGCAAAUGCUGAAGACGAUGAAGAUGAGAAAAUUGACCUUGUUAGUACAACAGGAGGGAUCAAUGCAAAUGAUAACGCUUCAUCUUCAGCAGCGGAGGGUGCAGAUGAUAAGAACAACGGGGCAGCAUCUCCUUCAUCGCUCAACAGUGACACGGCCGCUCUGAAGUCGUUCUUAGACAAACACAAAGCCAAGAGGCAGAACGUGAAGAAAAAAAUGAAUGCAGGAGCAGACAGUACGAAGAAGAAAGAGAAAGACGUCGCGGUGACCCCUCAGGAAGCUCCUGCGCGACGUAAGAGUCGACUGCAGAAGGCGUUGAAGCUUCUGGAAAGUGAAGAAAUUCACGAGCCCAAACGCCUUUUUCGAUCAAGCGGGUGGUGAUUGAGAAGUGGGCAUGUUGUUUUUAGUCUCGCCUCGUCCUCACUCUCACAGCUCCUGUCUAAGCAGCAGCUAGGUUUCCGCUUACAACUAGUACAAAAAUGUAGCUCUUGAGUUCUUGAAGUACCUCUGUCUACAAACUGAACUGUUUUUUUUGUUCUUCUUUCUGCUGAAAUGUUGUAAUUAUGCGUUGUAAUCACGACAGGAUAUGUCGUUAGUCUCAAGGGGGCGGAUGACCUGACAGUUAUUGAAUAGUGCUGAGCUUCAGUCUUUUUUUGGUCAACCACUCAUAAUUAAUGCGCUUCAUUCUAUUUUUCAUCAUCUUGUUCUUGUAGCUAUAUCCGCGUGCACAGCAGAAGAUGCAGUCGAACUUUGAUGUCUAAGCAUGAAGAUUUGAUGCGUACGCUUCUAGUGCUAUUCUAGGGUUACAUUACGAUAACAGUAUUUUGUUCUUAGGCAGGGUUUCGCUCUGUAUUUUAUCGACAACAAUCGACCUUGUUGCCCAAGCUCAUAGCAUUGAACAGCAGCUGCACCUGCACCUGCAGCUGAUAAUAGAAAUAUAUACCGUUGAAUCCGAAUAUCAUACAGGAAACAUUCAAAUUCAUUGAGUUAGGCUUAGAUCCAAUCCUAGCAGUUGUAGAGUAGUUUCGGUUUCCGAAAAUAUAUAUUGUAGCUUUGGGAAUGUGGGAAGAGCGACGAUAACCAAACAAGAUGGCGUCGUUGGUUAGUUGUAGUUUCGUUUUUUGCUCGCUGCAGGAGCAUGUCAAGUGCAUGGACCUAACGACAUCUCUGAUAGCAAAUUCCAAUCACAUGCAGAGGAAGAUGACAUUUGCAACCUCCACCUUUAGCACAUUUCUUCUAAGCACCUAUAGACGAAGGUGAUUAUGAAAAAAUGUGGUGGAUAGACAUAGACUUCUUGCUUUCCUUGUCCUUGUCGGCGGCUUGUUUUGCUAAUCGUGUCUGAACAGCAACAAGAGUCCAGCUGGAAUGAAGUACAAGGAAAUGGAACACACCGGCACCGCACGUCGCACUCGAAAGAACGAACAACAGUAUGGCGAUGAUGAAUCAGGAGGUACGCUCCCUCCUCCGAUGUCGGGGCUUCUGAGAGUCUAGUUCUCC